CCGAAUCCAUCAUUGGCUGGCUGUUCCUUCCGAUGGUUAUCGACUACAGAAGUAGUUAUCUUAUGGGUAGCCAGAGUCAGUCCCGGUCCGAGUGGCAGCGUCCAAUCGUUCUAUCCGCCGUGUAGUUCCUUUCGUGGCUCUUCUCCCCAUUCUUUCUCCCACAUGGUAAUAAUUAUCGAUAGUGUUGUUGCUUCCACUCAAUCUUCCAGAAGACACCAACUUGUCCCCAGCCGUGCAUACUCUUAACUGCGUUUGUAGGCAUCGGCGUGGCGAGUGAUUGUUAGGUACAAACGGCCAAGAAGCAUGCAGCUGUCCUCUCCACGUCAGUAAGCCGUUGGAAGCCUUCCCGGUGGUAUGCCCUUCUUCUUCCUUUCAGUUCGGGUUGAUGAGAACCUUCUUCCCCCACAACCAAAAUGGACGACUCACUCGAUGUCUGGUCAAGUCAAGUCCGGAACAAAGAAAAGACGCACACACCCCCAGCAAUGAGCACGCACUUCUCAUCACCGUCUUCUUCUGCUUCGUGUACAUCCUCAACUUCAUCGAGCGUUACCAUCCGAACUCCCACAUCCGACUCGGAAUCGAAAACACCAUCCUCGCUGCAUACCUUCAUGACUUCCAUACCUCCUCCGAUGAUGGAACGCUCAUCAGAAUCUCCCACAUCUGAUACCGUUGGGGAUCUCUACCAAGACCGUGAUGACAAUCCCGCGGGCAAUUCGACAUAUAUCAUCCUCCACCAACCAACCAAUCUAGCGCUGAUGGUGAUUGGCGGAUUGCCUGCACUCUAUAAAGUUCCGGUCGAUUUAGGAGAAGGCCACCCCCUCAGAGGCAAAUGUAACUGGCAUUGGCAUUGUGUCGAAACGGACGGGUGGCUCGGCUUUCGCAAUGCUGCGGGCGGACGGUAUCUCGGACUCAAUCUCAGUGACGGAGACACUGCCUCCGAUCCGCGCUCCGGCAGCUAUCGGAAUGUCAGCAUCAAGCACGGGGCGUCGGAGCGGUUCAUAUGCGUCAGGGCGAAAGAAGAUGGAAAGCACGAGGAAGGAUGUGGGACACCGCAGCAGAAUAAGCGCGGAUACAUCAUGUGUUCUCUUCAAAUUCCGGCGGAAUCAAAGGCAAUCCCACGGCUUGUCAAAGCAAGAUUGAAGCCAAAGGACUCGGACUCGGGCUCGCAUUCGGAGGAAGACUGGGAAGAGGGAUUCCCAGUGUCGAUGGUUUGGCAGGAUGGACAGGAGGGGACGGUAUGGAGGGUUGUCAAAGUUUGACACUUGACGAAUCGGAUGCCACCACUAGCAUGAACCGAGGAGCAUUAUCUUCGAGAUUCUCGGUGUUGUCUCAGAGGGCAGUAUUAUGCCUAGUCGGUUUUAUGUUCAAGCUAGAAGUCAAAGCAUCCUUUGCCUGUGUGCAGAGAUUUCUCAUCCGUCGAAACCAUCGUAUGACGCAUCGUCGGCAAGAGCAUGUAUGAUAUCGUUUUCAGUCCCUUGAGUACGAGUCGAAAAUGGAGAAAUCACCAGUUUCUUGAUGAUGGCUGUGCUGUCGCCUUUAGGUGUUCGUCGU